GCACUGAGGUGCUGGUUAUGCUUGGAAGAUAACGAGUAGCACGGAGUCUGGCUGGCUGACAACCAAAUUGCUAGUGAAAAGGUAUUAAAUAAAAUAUGCUGUUGUCAAUAGGAAUGCUGAUGUUGUCUGCUACUCAGAUAUACACUAUUUUGACUGUUCAGUUAUUUGCUUUCCUGAAUCUUUUACCUGUGGAGGCAGAUAUUUUAGCAUAUAACCUUGAAAAUGGAACCCAGACCUUUGAUGAUCUACCUGCUAGAUUUGGCUACAGACUGCCAGCAGAAGGCUUGAAGGGGUUCCUAAUAAAUUCAAAACCGGAGAAUGCAUGUGAGCCUAUAGCCCCACCUCCACUGAAAGACAACUCGUCCAGUGCUUUUAUUGUGUUAAUUCGAAGACUUGAGUGUAACUUUGAUACAAAGGUUUUAAAUGCACAGAGAGCUGGAUACAAGGCAGCUAUAGUUCACAAUGUUGAUUCUGAUGACCUCAUAAGCAUGGGAUCCAACGACAUUGAGGUUUUAAAGAAGAUUGACAUUCCUUCUGUCUUUAUUGGCGAGACGUCAGCUAAUUCUCUUAAAGAAGAAUUUACUUAUGAAAAGGGUGGCCAUGUUGUGUUAAUCCCAGAGUUCAGUCUUCCUUUGGAGUACUACUUAAUUCCUUUCCUAAUAAUAGUAGGGAUCUGUCUUAUUCUCAUCGUCAUAUUUAUGAUCACAAAAUUCGUGCAAGACAGACACAGAGCAAGAAGGAAUCGACUUAGAAAGGAUCAGCUUAAGAAACUUCCUGUACAUAAAUUUAAGAAAGGAGAUGAAUAUGAUGUAUGUGCCAUUUGUCUGGAUGAAUAUGAGGAUGGAGACAAGCUCAGAAUCCUUCCAUGUUCUCACGCGUAUCACUGCAAGUGUGUGGACCCGUGGCUGACAAAAACAAAAAAAACAUGUCCUGUAUGUAAGCAGAAAGUGGUCCCUUCUCAGGGGGACUCUGACUCUGAAACAGACAGUAGUCAAGAAGAGAAUGAAGUAUCUGAAAAUACUCCUUUGCUUAGACCAUUAGCCUCAGUUAGUACUCAGUCAUUCGGGGCUUUGUCAGAAUCUCAUUCCCAUCAGAACAUGACUGAGUCCUCAGAAUAUGAGGAAGAUGACAAUGACAAUAUUGAUAGCAGUGAUGCAGAAAAUGGAAUAAACGAAGAAAGUGUAGUGGUUCAACUGCAGCCCAAUGAUGAAAGGGAGUACAGAGUGGCAAAUACUGUUUGAGACUACUAAUGAUGAAUAGAGUAUGAACAAAAGAGUUCUUAAGGCUACACUUCACAAACCUUUACGUAGGGAAUAUAUUUUAAUCUGUAAUCCAUUUGGUUUCUUCAAUAGGAGCAGCAGUUCAUGUAGUAGUACUAUGGUUAAAUCAUUACAGAUAGAUUUAUUUUUGAUUGAGGUAUUCAGUCACAUGUUCUGUCUUCUCAAAAUGAACAGUUUAACUGGACUUCACAAUGCUAAUGAAUAAUGUUAAUAGUUUAUAUCAAUAGAAAUAUCACACAGACUCUAAAUGUAUCUUGUUGAAAUGGGAUUUAUCUGGAAGUAAUUUUUUUCCAUUUUGUAGCUACAACUGGGUCAUACUGAUAGCAAUAUUUAUUACAUGUAUGGUAUGUGUUACCCCUUAAGCCCAACAAAAAAUGUAUUUGCAUGUUUGUAUAGAGUUUUCCUAAAAACCGUCACCGCUACCGGAAGAGAAAUGUAGAACAGAUCAAUAUUCUAUAUGCUGGUGUAUCAAAACAAAGCUGAAGAAAUUCCACUUUUAUCUCAAAGCAGUGAUUCCAAAUAAUCCUUUGGAGUUUGCCAGAGGAGCUGAGUUUAAGCAGUUCCAUUGAGCAAUUCCUAGGAUAAGGAAACUUAGAAUAUAUGUUCAGUUUUGAGCAAUUCACAAGGUAAGAUCCACCAUAAACACAUUAAUUAUCCCUAAUUGCUACUACAAUGUAGUCUGGUUUCCAGUGAUGAUG